AAACACAGCAUUUGAACAUGUAUGCGUAUCGAGUGGUCGAUGUGUUGUGUCCGUGUAAAACAAGAUCAGGUACAGAGAAAAAACCUUAACUCUCUCGUCGUUCGUCCAAGAUAUAUAUUCAGUAUGACUCAAUAAGCUAAGCGUAAGCGACACAGCAUCAAACGUGCUGCUGUUUGUGCGAUUGAUUUUUUUCUCGUUUCGUGUGUGUUUUUAUUGUUGUUGUUAUUGUAAUUUCAUAUUAAAAUAUUCGAUUUAUCUCUUUCGCAUUGGCUCUCGCUCUCUCAUUGUCAAUUCACGUCGUAGGAGAGGUGAUCUUGUCAAAAAAAAAAACUAAAGACAUAUUUGUUCCAGCCAUUCGCGCUGGUGUUGUGUGUUAUUUUCAUGAUAACUUGUCAACAAGUGAAAUAAAAAGUGAGCAUUCUUUAUUUGUUUUUUACAUAAAUCCAAUUGAUGGAUUUGGUGAAGAAGACAUAAACCAGACGCGCAUACACGAAACAAUUUUCCAGCAAGUUAAAGUAAAGUGCAAGACGAUUUUUACACAGUGUCUGUGUGCUAAGUCAAUUUGUGGAUUCCUAGUAAAAGAUCGAUAAGCAUCUAAGGAAAUAUUUCGUUUCGAGUGCAAGCCAUUGAAGAACGAAACAAAAAAAACGAUAGACCGAAUCAAGAACGAAAAGCAAAAUAAUGGCUACGAAUUACAAUAGGAUAUUUGGUUUGUCGGCAUUAACCGCGCUGCUGCUCAUCAUUUCCGUGCAGUUAUCUUAUUCGUGCAACGAACAAGUAUGCGCAUCCAUCGUAUCCAAAUGCAUGCUGACACAGAGCUGUAAAUGUGAUAGCAAGAACUACUCCUGUUGCACGGAAUGUUUCAAGUGCUUGGGCCAUUUACAAUUGGAGUGCUGCAGUUGCUUGGAAAUGUGUCCAAAACCAACGGAAACACGAAAUGUAUCGCGUCAGUCGCACAUUGAAGAUUUGGAAGGGAUUCCAGGACUAUUCAAGGCACUCACCGAAGAAUCGGACGAGGACGAAGAUAAAUGGACAACAUUCACAUUUCCAGUUGAUUUUCAAACGGUUUUGGUGAGCCCAAAAGGAGAAAAGCCAUUCAAAUAUAUUCUGCAAUCUGCAGAUUCCACUCUGGACACAUCGCUUAAGAGCAGAGAGGAGAUUGUAACACAUAACUGCACGGUGGUUUACAUGUCACAGUGUUUAUCAUCGAACAAGUGCAAACAAAACUGUGAGAGCAUGGGUGCAACCAGCUAUCGAUGGUUCUACGAUGGCUGUUGUGAAUGUGUCGGAUCGACCUGCAUCAAUUAUGGCAUCAAAGAGAGUCGAUGUUCACAGUGUCCGGAGACAAAAGAUAUCGAUCUACUGGAUGAAUUGCCGUCAGACGAUGAACUUGAUUUUGGCGAGAAUCACCUUUAAUUUGAAUUAAUUGACACAUUUUUUGUUUAGGUGUUUAGAUUUCGGCCAAUUUAUAUGUAAAUUGUAUGAAUACAUUGAGUUUAUGUAAUAAUUUUCUUUUUUCGAUGCCAGAAAAAGAACAUUGUAAGAGAGACAAGCUUAUUUUUACAGUAGAAAUAAUUUGAAACGAAAAAUAUGUGAAAUAAAUGACGAUAUAAAGAAGAAGAAGAAGGGAAAA